CCUUCCUUCCCACCUUGCUGAAAAAUCAAAACAAAGCAGCUCAUCUGCACCUUUCUUCCUUUACAAUCCGUUUUCCAAAAACCUUUCUUCUUCUGCAAGCUUCCUCAACCAGUAACCACCAUGUCCAUAAACUUUAACUUUAAUGCCUUUGCCGGCAACCCUCUACGCUCAAUUCUACCCUCCGCAGCAGCUCUCCAAUCCCUCAACACAACAAUUCUACAAAACGAUCACUCUUCUUCUUCCCCGAAUUUCAAGGUACUUCCUUUCAGAAAUGGAAGGCCUUUAGCUUCUUCCACUGCCGGUUUCGGUGACUCUCCGCCGAUUUGGCAUCUGGGUUGGAUCAAUUUGGAUGACCUCAGAGGUAUUUUUGAAAACUCCGGUGCCCAGUUGAAUGGAGACUCGUUUGUCUACUUGGGUUCGAGUGUAGAGGAAGAUAACGUUUACUGGGCUAUCGAUGUUUCUGAUAAGGUACCUGAAUUGGGUACUGACAAGGAGAUGGAGUUGAGUUUUGUAGAGCUCCGGACUCUCAUGGUGGCCACUGAUUGGGAGGAUUUGAAAGCAAUGGAAAACUUGACUAUUGCUGGUAAUGCCAAGGCACUGCUAGAAUGGCACAAGACUUCACAAUUUUGUGGACAUUGUGGUGCGAAAACUGUUUCAAUGGAAGCUGGGAGACGGAAGCAAUGUUCGAAUGAUUCUUGCAAGAAAAGGAUAUAUCCACGUCUUGAUCCAGUGGUAAUUAUGCUUGUAAUUGAUAGAGAGAAUGACUCUGUUCUCUUGGGUACACGGCCAAAGCUUAUUUCUCGAUUGUGGAGCUGCUUAUCUGGUUUCACAGAGCAAGGAGAAAGCUUGGAGGAAGCUGUAAGAAGAGAAACUUGGGAAGAGAGUGGUAUUGAAGUGGGAGAAGUUGUAUAUCACAGUUCUCAGCCAUGGCCUGUUGGACCAAACAGCGUUCCAUACCAGCUGAUGGUUGGAUUCUUUGCAUAUGCGAAAUCACGCGAAAUAACUGUCGACAAGAAAGAGUUAGAAGAUGCUCAGUGGUUCAGUAGAGAAGAUAUAAGAAAAGCAUUGAUGAUGGCUGAAUACAAGAAAGCCCAAAGAACAGCAGCAACAAAGGUAGAACAAAUGUGUAAGGGAGUAGAAAAGAGUAGGAGUUUGGCUGCAGAUUUCAACGUGGAAAGUGGUGAACUUGCUCCAAUAUUUGUUCCCGGACCUUUUGCCAUAGCCCAUCACCUUAUUUCCUCUUGGGCCUUCUCAGAUCAAAAUACACUGUAAAUACACUGUAAAUGAUGCAUUUCAAAACAACUUAUUGAGUCCACAUGCACCAAAAUAAAACCUAUUGAUUCUUAAGGGUGGCUGAACUUCAUUUUCCAAGGCCGCGUUGGGAAUAAAGUUAUCUUAUUAGUGUCAUGUAUUAUUUUUCUGUUGAUGUAAAGUUCUCUUCUCGACAUUGUUUUGAAGAUUACACUCCUGAUUUCGAGAGCUCGACUUUUUGAUUUAACACUAUUUUUUUCAUGUACAUCUUCUAUAUUGUCAAUGAACUUACUAAUAUAUUAUAUGAGAUACUGAUAUCUGUUAUGGUUACAUUUUGUUGCUGUGUCAACCAUGUAACUGA